AUGUCUUCCUCUGACGCUGUCGGUUUUCAUCAACCUCUUGAUCACUCAACCUUUCCUGCCCUUCAACAUGGGAGAUCCUCUCAAUCUAUCCUUGGUCGUCUACUUCGAUUUUGGGACUCGCCUAACAUCAACAAUCCAAGUGAACUCACAGGAAUCACUUUGCUUUUCCUUGAUGAGAAGGAUUCAAUGAUCAACGGAUUUAUUCCGGCUGAUCAAGCCGUCCACUUCCGUGGAUCUUUACAAGAGGGUAACAUCUACAAAGUUGCAGACUUUGAGGUUCAAAAAUGCCCACAUACGUACAAGAUUACGGAUCAAACUUACGUCAUCUGCUUCACCGCCCAGACAACUAUUGAUCCAGUGAUCAACAAUGUUCCAGUUAUCAACCACCAGAAAUUUAUGGUUCGCGAGUAUGCUCAUCUCCAAAUCCUUGCCAACACCAACUUAGAAUUACCUGAUGUUGUUGGUCAAAUCCAAUCUGUCAAAGGUUAUGAACUGAACAACACUGAAGUCGUUUCUCCAAUUCUCAUUGGUUUCCUCAUUGCCCCGAACAUCGAAGUGUGCUUGUCUUUAUAUGACGCUGCUGCAGCAAUGUUUAAGGGUCUACUAAACUUGUUGGAUAAACACAACUCUGUCAUGCUUGUCACAAAUAACCUCUGCCUCAGCUCAACCCCGACUACUAGAGUUUUUUUCAGCCCCGGCCUCCCAGACAUCAAACAAUUCAAAUUGAGCUUAAGUGGUGCAGGAGGUGAGCACUUCAACUGGUUGGACGACAACGCCACAAUCAGUAACAAACAACUUUGCUCAGUUGGAGAUCUCAACAUGUUCCUCUCCAGCACUACCACCCAGGAAGCUUCUUUUAUCUGCAAAGCUCGGAUUGUUGAGGUCUUGACCCAAAAUGGCUGGAACUAUCUCUCUUGCGUUCAUUGCAGCAAAGAAAUUGAGAAAUCUGGCGCAACUCUCCACUGCAACCGAUGCUUUAAUUCCAAUAUCACCGGUGUUGUGAGGUACCGUGUAGAAUUAUUGGUUGAUGAUGGGAAUAAUUAUGCCAUUGUUGUCGUGUUAAACAAGGAGAUGCUCAAACUCACUAAGCAAGACGCAGCUAAUCUGCUUCUCAAUGAGGUUAUUUCAAAGCCACAAACACUUAUCAAAACUGUUGCAAUCACUCAGAUCUCAAUACAACUACAGGUCAAUAGUGGUGUCAAUGGGAAACUCCCUAAAUGCAUUGAGGAACUUGAAGGGCAGACAUUUAUUUUCCAUAUACGUGUCUCGCCCAGCAAUUCGGCUUCUUCCCGCUGCCCUUUCACAGUCUCUGCAAUCAGUGGGCAGAUUACCACAGAGGAUUUCAACAACUAUGAAACCCCAGAUACUGUAAGGAAAUUCGGCGAAGCAUCCACUUCCGAUUCUGCCAGCAACACGUCAACCGUUGAAGUCGAACAAGGUGGACGCAAAGACGCACUUGAGUGA